AUGAAUUGCAUGAAAUCUGCAGUAAAAGGCAGCAACAGUUCAAGUGUUCACAAACCCUCCAAAGGUGGCUGGAAUGCUGCCAUCUUCAUCAUAUUUGUGGAGAUGGCAGAGAGAUUUGCGUUCUAUGGCUUAGUUGGGAACUUAAUAAAUUUCCUUACCAAUGUUUUGAAAGAGCCAAUAGUGAGAGCUGCACAGACUGUGAACAUAUGGGGUGGCGUCUCCCUCGUGUUUCCUUUGGCGGGAGCCUUCAUUGCUGAUUCAUACCUUGGUCGUUUCAUCACCAUCAUCAUCUCUUCCAUCAUAUAUCUCUUGGGAACGGUUUUGUUGACAGUAUCAGCGUCGCCAGUGAUUUCUGUGCAGAAUCGAAGGUUAGUGUUUUUCAUAGCACUUUACACAUUAUCGAUGGGAGAAGGAGGACACAAGCCAUGCAUUCAAACAUUUGCUGCUGAUCAAUUCGACGAGUCAUCGCCUCAAGAGAUUAUGGCUAAGACUUCCUUCUUCAAUUGGUGGUUCUUGGGCAUUGUCUUUGGUGCUUUAUCUUCAGCGGUGGGUGUUACUUAUGUCCAGGAUAACAUAGGAUGGGACAUAGGGUUUGGCAUUAUAGCCGCGGCUAUGGCCAUCGCAUUUGGUAUUUUCUUGAUAGGGAUAAAGAGGUAUAAAAAGCAAGGGCCACUUGGCAGUCCUUUCACUACAGCGGCGCAAGUGGUAGUAGCCGCGGUUCGAAAGCGGCGCGUGGAUGAGACUCGUGAUGGAAGAGGUAUUUGUUAUGGAGAUACUGCCAAUGGCAGCAUACUUGGGGGGCCUCAAUUUAAGACCCUUGCUCGCACUGAACAUUUUAGGUAUUUGGACAAGGCAAUGAUAAUUGAUGAUAUCGAUGCAUCAAGCAACACAAGAAACCCUUGGAGGCUAUGCACAUUAAACCAAGUAGAAGAAAUGAAGUUAGUGUUUGGCCUCAUACCCACAUGGCUAGCAUUCUUGUUCCUCAGUGUAAUUGAAGCUCAAGUAGGAACCUUCUUCACCAAACAAGGCAGUACAAUGGUGAGAUCUAUUGGACCCCACUUUAAUAUCCCCCCAGCAUCACUCUUAGCCUUCCCUUGCCUAGCAUCUAUCAUCGUAAUCCCAAUCUAUGACAAAUUCUUUGUUCCUCUUAUGAGGAAAUUCACAGGCAAACCCACAGGGAUCACAAUACUUCAAAGAAUAGGCAUUGGACUGUUCAUUUCUAACUUAUACAUACUUGUGGCUGGCCUAGUUGAGGCCAAAAGGGUUAAAUUAGCAAGUGAGCACAAUCUCUUGGACGAUUCAGAAGCAAUAUUGCCAAUUAGGGUUUGGUGGUUGCUUCCUCAAUACAUUCUUUGUGGGGUUUCCGAGGCUUUUGCGAUCGUGGGUUUUCAGCAGUUGUUCUACGAACAAAUGCCAGAAUCUAUGAGAAGCAUAGGGGCUGCACUUUAUAUUGGUAAUUUUGGGGUUGGAAGCUUUAUAAGUAGUGGUAUUAUAUCUAUUGUGGAGACAACAAGCAAAGGGAAAUGGCUUGGGAAUCAUCUGAAUAGGUCACGCCUUGAUUAUUUUUAUUAUUUGCUUGCUGGUUUAGGGUUUUUGAAUUUAGGUCUUUAUGUCGCCGUUGCAAAGCGAUACGUGUACCAAAAAGCCUCUGAAAACUACAAUUUAUAG